AAGUAACAAAUGGAUGAUAUGAUAAGUGAAGUUACAAAUAUGUCUGGUCAUGAGGAGAAAAUAAAACCUACAGAACCUAAGCAAGAAGGUGCCAUCUCAAACACCACUGAAGAUAAAUCAAACAUUUCAGUAAAGGGACACGAUGUAAUUCUCAGUAUAUCAGGAAAAAGAACUCGGAGUGAGACGAAGGAAACUGAGAAAAUUACACAUGUACCUGUCACGUGGUUACAGGAAAUCAGAUCAAACAUGCAGAAAGCUUUACAGACAUUUCAAGGCAAGGCCCCAGAACCACAGUCUAUUCUGUAUGAUAUUAAUGUGUUGUCUGACUUGUUUGUAAAGAAAAUAGGACAACUUGAGGAAGAAAACACAAGCUAUGCAAUUAAAUUAGCAGCUUUAAAUUCAGAAAAUGAAAACGUUAAAAAGGAAUGUAAAACGUUAAAGCAAGAUAUCUUGAAGAAAAACGUUGAAAUACAAGAAGCCAAAUCGGAGCAUUCUAUAAAUGUUGGGAAAUAUGGUACACUAAAGGGCGAGGCUAAAAAAGAAGUACAACGAUUGAGAAAAGAAAUGGAAGAACUCAGACAUAAACUAGGUCACGUGAAUGAAGAAAAAAACUACUGGGUCAGAAGAAUAAGCGAAAUUGCGGGAGCUAAAAUGACAGACGGUAACGCCCAAAUUACAGAUCUGAGUGACCCAAAUCGACCAAUCAAAUUGGCGGAACGAUUCGGAGAAUUGUAUGAUGCAUGUUGGACUGAUGUACUAGAGGAAUUCAUGAUCCACCACAGCAAAGGUACAGCCGCAGAGGAAAAGAAAGCCAUCGAUGGUUUAAAGACUUUACUAGAGGAUUGUCACAGUGCCGGGUUAAGGUCUCAUUUAAUUAUCCUAAGAACAGUUUGUACUUGCAAUUUGAUUCUGAUUCACUAA